CAAAGACCCAGUGCGAUAUGGAAGUACAAGAAGUAUUCAUGGGAUAUUAAGAAAAGCUCCAAUUGAUUUCCUGGGCCGUCGAAGAAAACAAGUAUGUGAGACGGAAGCUGAUACCUUGCGAUUGUCAUGGCAACCUGUUUAACAAUUUCCGGUGGAAUAUCACGUGUUUUCCUGAUCGUUGUCAACGCUUCAGGACUGGUGUUUGCACUGUUCUUGAUUGUCCUUGCGAGUGAUCUUCGAGUCAACCCUGAUGACAAUAGUUUUGGCAAUGAAUAUGAAAGUACGGAGAAGGCAUUAUUGUCGUCCAUUGUGUCCAGGUAUAGCCCUACCAUUGAUACGACUCCCAUUAGCUCGUGGCACAUUAGGGACGCUGACAUAUUCAAUACAUUCUUCUUCUCCAUGUGGCUCGGAGGGGGAAUACUCCUGAUCAUCAGCGCGGUCGGACUUAUAGUAGCAGCAAGAAAAAUCAAUGGUGGUCUACUUGUGCAUGGCGGAUUCCUGCUGUUGUUACUCCUUACAGAAAUUAUUUUUUACGGCAUGCUUGCUGAUAACACGGUUGAUAACGGUCUGAAUGACAAGGUGCCCCUAAAGUCCUCAAUACAGGCCUCCAUGUACACCAGCUUCCAGGAUUACGGAGGCGUCUAUGAAACGGAUGUCAAUAGUAUUGGAUGGUCUUUCAUUAUGCUGAAGUACGACUGCUGUGGAGUGUAUGGAUGGACACAAUAUAACACACUGACCAAGAACAUCAACAGACCGAUCAGAGUCGCUGGCAAUUUUAUCUGCUGUAAACAGGACCAGCUGAAACAAUAUCUCAACGCUUCCUGUUGGCCAAAUGAUGUCCAGUCGUCCGACAAGAUGAACUGCUACGAUGCCAUUGUGGACGCUAUUCUGUCCUCGACCUUCUUGAAGGUUCUACCUGUAAUUUAUGUCGUUCAGUUUGUCCUGGUUAUAGGCGCCAUCUUGAUUAUUCUUGACAACAAAUAUUCGGUGGCCCAAGUGGAGCCAGAAAAAGAAACCUACCCCGACAAACAAGAGACCGUAAGGCCGACGUCGGAAAAGAGAGCUCCGUAGUUGUAUUGUGUUUAAUGUAUAUUUUAUAAUUUGUGCUGUAUUUGUAUAUUUG